GUUGCCCAGCAAAGCUUUGACGCUCUCUCCUCCUCAGGUCACCAUUUUAAGGCCCACAAAGCGGUGCUGGCCGCCUGCAGCCAAUUCUUCUGUCGCUUUUUCCAGGAUUUCAGGGAGGAGCCUCUGGUGGAGAUUGAAGGGGUGAGUAACCUGGCGUUCCGUCACUUGAUCGAGUUCACCUACACGGCCAGGCUGAUGGUGCUACAGGAGGAGGAGGCGAGCGAUGUGUGGAAGGCGGCCGAAUAUUUACAGAUGGAGGAGGCCAUUAAAGCUCUCAACAACAGGAACAAAGCUUCCUCUCCGGCCAGCAGUGCCGAGGGGGCCGGGGGAAGGAAAGCCAAGAAGCGGACCAUCGCCGAGACGUCCAACGUGAUCACGGAGACGCUGCCGUCCAUCCAGGAGCCGGAGACGCUGGAGAUCGAGCAGGACGGCGCCGUGUUUGCGGCCCAGAUCGUGGAGAUCGAGGCAGCCCCCAGCGUGGGGGAUGCCGGAGAGGGGCGGCCCGGGGCCGAGGAGACGUCGGUGGGCUCUGCAUUGGCCCUGUUGGCUGACAUCACUAGCAAGUACCAGCAGGACGAGAGGGAGCGGGAGCUGGAGAAGGACGGGGAGGCGGGGGCUGCCGUGCGGGAGGUGGGGGCGGAGGCGGGGGUCCAUGUGGUCGAGGUCCUGGCUCAGGGAGACAAGCUGUUUUGCUGUGAGAAGUGCAGCCGCUCGUUCAGACUUUACUACCACUUUAAGGAGCACCUGAAGGUUCACUCGGGUGAGAUCUACGCCUGUCACCUGUGUAACAAGCGCUACACAAGGGAGAGCGCCUGGAAACAGCACCUGGCCUGGCACCAGGAGGAGGAGGCCGGCAGCAAGAAGCCUCGCUGUAUGCGCAAGGUCCACGUCUGCCAGUACUGCCAGAAGCAGUUUGACCACUUUGGACACUUUAAAGAGCAUCUCAGGAAACACACGGGAGAGAAACCCUUCGAGUGUCCGAACUGCCACGAGCGGUUUGCGAGGAACAGCACACUGAAAUGUCACCUGGUGGCUUGUCGCACUGGCGUGGGCGCCAAGAAAGGCCGCAAGAAGCUGUACGAGUGCCAGGUUUGCUGCAGUGUCUUCCCGAGCUGGGACCAGUUCAAGAGCCACCUGGCGGUGCACACGGGGGCCAAGCCCAACCAUUGCACUUUGUGUGACAUGUGGUUCAUGCGCCCGGGCGAACUGCGGCAGCACCUGAGGGAGGUGCACGGCCUGGCACAGCUCGAGCCAGAGGCUGAACCCGAACCAGAGCCAGAGCCAGAGCCGGAGACAGACCCCGAGCUCUCCCACAUCGUGGUCCCCAUGGAGCUGAUCGAAGCUGAAGCUGUGGCCGGCGAGACCGUCAUCGAGCAGGUCACCGUGUAGCGACCAUCACCGGCAAGAGCAGCCACGCACUGUCACACUCACCCACACUGUCACACUCACAGUCACACACACACACU